UUUUAACAGUAAAAAUAAAGCAUUGCUUUGCAGUUUAUAACAAAAUAAAUUUUCUUUGUUUGGUCUGAAGCGCAAAAGCACUGCUGGAUUUAAUCACUUAAUAAAGUGGGAUUUUGUACGAACAGCUGUUUUCGACUAUAAUACCUACAAAAGGACACCCCGCUGAUACCACAGCAUUCUUUUUUGAAAACUCCGUUUAAAAAAAUAUCGGAAACACUCUUUAAUUAGCUUCGAUCAUAUAAUUUGACAAAAUAUCGUUUAUUAGUUGAAAGUUUUGUUUUUGUUAAUUUUUCUAUCAUUAUGGCCCAAUUUCGAUGUUUUUACCUCGGCAAGAUACGAUAUGCUAAUGCGUUAAAACUCCAACAAAAUCUCACCCAGUGGCAACUUAAGUCACCCAAUGCGAAUCCUAUAUUGCUGAUGUUACAACAUGACCCUGUAUACACAGUGGGUUUGAGGUCGAAUGAAUAUAACGAGAACGAUGAAUCUCGAUUGUCGGCGCUCGGAGCAGAUUUUGUUCGGACAAACAGAGGAGGUUUAAUAACCUUUCAUGGUCCUGGGCAGUUGGUAGUUUAUCCAAUAUUUAAACUGGCGGAUUUCAAACUUGGGAUUCGGAAAUAUGUUUGCCAGCUUGAAGCUACAAUUAUUGCUUUGUGUGAAAGGUAUGAAUUAGAAGCAGUGAGGUCUCCGCACACUGGGGUUUGGAUCGGCAAAGAUAAAGUUUGUGCCAUGGGUAUCAAUGCUCGACGAGGCGUGACGUCACAUGGUCUUGCUUUAAACUGCAACACUGACCUCGAGUGGUUUAACCGAAUUGUUCCGUGCGGGAUUCACGGGAAAGGGGUAACGUCAUUAUCACAUGAGUUAUCACGUGACAUCACAGUCGAACAUGUCCUCCCACAUUUUCUCGAACAUUUCAGCGAUGUUUUUAAAUCCAAAAGUUUAUGCUUCAGCGAUUUAACCGAUAAAACAACAUUGUCUGAUCUAUGUGAUGUCAUAACAGAGGAAAAAUUUAAAAACUUAAAUUUUUAAUUUUAUACAAAAUAUUUCUCUUUCAAACAUUUCAACCAUUGCCUUUCAUCACAAUGCCGUUUAUGAUGUCAUAAUACUCUAUUAUUAUUCUUGUAUGUUUGAUUAGGAUUUCAAUUCUUUAUAGAAUUUACUUUCAUUGUGUAUGAACAUUCAUCUAGAAAGUUUAUUGUUAUGUAACAAUACCUGCCAUAACUAAGUCAGUUUAUUUUGUUUUGUUCUUUUUUUUUAUAGAGAGAUUUGGCAAAGAAAUUGAUGUAUAAAUUGUUUUUUUGGUAUAAAAAUGUUAAUUUAAUGACACUUAGUCUGGCAGGCCAUGCGCCAUACAACAAGACUUAAUCUUGUGUUGGUAAAAUAAAACUAAUAUUUUUAUAAGAAGCGACAAUUUAUAUGUUAUAAUAUGCCUGUGAAGAGCAGAAUAUAAUCUUACUCUGUCAACAGUUGUUAUUUAUGUUAAAGUUAUUAUUGCAUUUAUUUAUUUAUGAUAUUAUAGUGCAGUUUAUAAUAAAAUAUCGCCCAAAACCAA